AUGCAUCGAUUGAUGUCCCGUAUCCCUCUAUUUUUUUUCUUCUUCUGCUUGACCAAUGCAGCUGUUGAUUAUUACAAAGAAGCUGAUGGCAUUGAUUUCGUACCCGAACAUUCCAACGAAUGGGUUGUGAGAAUUGACGAAGGUGAUGAAGUUGCUGAUCUUGUUGCAAAUGAACUUGGCUUAGAAAACAAACGAAAGAUAUUCGAUAAUUAUUACUUGUUUAUAAAUCCAACUGUUCCUCGACGAUCAAAACGAGCAACAAACGAUUUUACGAAUUUACUUACAAAACACGAAAAAGUAUCAUGGGCUGAACAACAACAAUCACGAAAUCGUGUUAAACGAGAUUUCAUAGAUAAACGUGCCCAGGAAGAUCGUGUCUAUCGUUCAGUAGCAUUUUCCGAUCCUAAAUGGUCGAAAGAAUGGUAUUUAAAAGACACAAGACCGGAAAGUUCAAGUCAUCUACCAAAACUUGAUUUACAUGUUUUACCAGCAUGGGCUGCUGGUUAUACAGGUAAAGGUAUUAAAGUAACAAUUCUUGAUGAUGGUCUCGAAUGGAAUAAUUCCGAUAUAAUGGCAAAUUAUGAUCCAAAAGCAAGUUACGAUUUAAAUGACAAUGAUGAUGAUCCAAGCCCACGAUAUGAUCCAACGAACGAAAACAAACACGGAACACGUUGUGCCGGUGAAGUCGCUAUGAUUGCCAAUAAUUCUAUAUGCGGUGUUGGUAUAGCAUACAAUGCAAAAAUCGGUGGUAUUCGAAUGUUAGAUGGUCAUGUUACUGAUCGUGUUGAAGCUGAAGCUAUUGCUUUUAAUCAUAAAUAUGUCGAUAUUUAUUCAGCUUCAUGGGGUCCAAACGAUGAUGGACGAACAGUAGAAGGCCCAGGAACACUUGCUUCAGCUGCAUUUAUCAAAGGAAUUACAGAAGGUCGUAAUGGUAAAGGCGUAAUCUAUGUUUGGGCAUCAGGUAACGGUGGUCGGCGACAAGACAAUUGCAAUUGUGAUGGUUAUACGGGUUCAAUUUAUACGAUUUCAAUUUCAUCGGCAUCAGAACAUCAACAAUCCCCAUGGUAUGCUGAACGUUGUCCAAGUACCAUGGCAACAACAUAUUCGUCAGGAGCUUAUAAAGAUCAAAAAGUGACCACAACAGAUCUUCACGAUUCAUGUACGGAUGAUCAUACAGGAACAUCGGCUUCAGCGCCAUUGGCUGCUGGUAUAUUCGCACUUGUUUUAGAAGCAAAUCCGCAACUCACAUGGCGUGAUAUGCAACAUCUAGUCGCUUGGACAUCUGAAUAUGCACCAUUAGCCAAUAGUCACGGCUGGACAACCAAUGGUGCCGGCUUUAAAGUAAAUAGUCGCUUUGGUUUUGGUCUUCUUAAUGCUGCAGCCUUAACAGAAACAGCAAGAAAUUGGGUUACAGUUCCUAAACAAAGUAUUUGCCAAAUAGAGCCAACAAAAUUUUCACCACAACGCAUUAGUGCUGCUCGCCCAUUAGAAAUCGAUUUUGAAGUAAAAGGUUGCGAAGGCGAAAAUAAUGUAGUCCGUUUUCUUGAACAUGUACAACUUUACGUUACAAUCAGUUACACACGACGUGGUGCACUCAAAAUAAACAUUACCAGUCCACAUGGAACCCAAACAACAUUAUUAUCGGAACGUGAUCAAGAUACAUCAACAGAUGGUUUUAAAAAUUGGUCAUUUAUGAGUGUGCACAAUUGGGGCGAAAAUCCAAAAGGUCUAUGGACAAUUAAAAUUAUGGAUGCAACAGGCGAUAUGGACAAUGUUGGUGCACUAGAAGAUUUCCGUUUAGUAUUACAUGGCACAAGUGAAGCCCCACAUCGUAUGUUAGCUGGACCAAGAGUUUAUGACGAAAAUUAUAAUACCGUCCAGAAUGAACGCAGUGAAAAGCGCCAAAGUUUAGAAUCUCUUGACCGUCAACAAGCUAUGGUCGAAUCAAAUAAACUCUUAGCAAAACAUGAUGCAUAUGACCAACAAGAUCCGCUCGAUGAAAUGAAUAGUAUUCCCGCUACCGAUAGUCAUUGGUUUCGUCUUCUUGCUCGACUUAAUGGUAAUUGGUUACAAUAA